AUGCACAUCUAUGAUGGCAAAGGGAUCUUCCAAGUAAGCAAAGGAAAGGCAAAGGCUGUUCUGACCAUAUACCCCACAUCCUCCCAGAUAUUCAGGGGAGAAUCUGUCACUCUCAGAUGCAACAUACAGAGGGGAAAAGUCACUGACUGGAAAUACACAUGGCGCAAGGAUGUGGUAGACUCCUUCAGUAGGAAGAAUGAAUAUGAGAUCAGAGAGGUUAAGAUGUCAGACAGUGCUGACUACAGGUGUCUGGGUACACGUAUUACUAAUCAGCAGAAGCAUUCUGAGUGGAGUGAUGCAGUCAGACUGACGGUGACAGCCCUACCCAAAGCUACACUGACCAUAACACCAAACCCUGCAUACACUGGAGAGAGAGUAACUCUGACGUGUUCAGUGGGGUCUGACAGUGGCUGGAGCUACACAUGGUACAAAGACAACACUAUUAAAGAAGUGACCUUGUCUGGCAGACACACUACAACAGGCGUCACCUUCACCAUCAGUAGAGCUGCUGAUUCUGACCAGGGUCUCUACUGGUGUCAGGGAGAGAUCCAGUCCAGAUCCAUAUCAUCAAUCAUCAGUGAUCCUGUCACUAUCACUGUGGAAGAGAGACCUGUGGCUCUUCUGACCCUCCAACCAAACUGGCCCCAGAUAUUCAGUGGCGAGACUGUCACUCUCAGUUGUGACAUUCAAGGGGGAAGAGAGAUUGAGUAUGUGUUUUAUAACAGUGGGAAGUCGGUCUACACCAAAACAGAUCCUGAGUACAGAAUCAGUCCUGCAAAGAAAGAUCAACCCCAAGCUCUCCUGAGUGUCUCUCCUCAGUGGCUGAACCCUGGAGACUCUGUUACUCUGAGCUGUGGGGUUAAAGAGUCAUCUACAGGCUGGAGGUUCUUCUGGUACCGAACUGUUCCCUACACAGCUGGGUUACUCUCUCUAUCGGACACGUCCUACUCUGUAGAGCCUCUAUCUGGCAAUGGGACUAGUGAAGACUCCUACACUCUGAUCCCUGCUGGUCCUAGUCACACAGGAGGAUAUGUGUGUAGAGCUGGGAGAGGAGACCCAGUCUAUGACACACUCUACAGUGAACCUCAGUUUCUCUGGUCAGGAGAUCCGCAACCUUCAGUGUCUCUCAAAAUAAGACCGAACAGAACUCAACACUUUACAUCAAAGUCUCUCUCACUAAGCUGUGAGGAGAAGAGGAACUCUACUGGAUGGAGACUGAAGAGAUACCGAGAGAAAGCAGUGGAGUCAGGGUGUGUCUCUAACUGGGGAUCAAAAGCAGGGUCCACAUGUACCAUAAAAUCCACACGUAAAAAGGACAGUGGAGUGUACUGGUGUGAGUCUGGAUCAGGAGAGUACAGUAAUGCUGUCAACAUCACAGUGUCUGAUGGCCCUAUGAUCUUGGAGAGCCCUGCCUAUCCCAUGACUGAGGGAGACUCUGUGACUCUGCGCUGUACAAAUAGAUAUCAGGAAACAAACCCAAUACCGAAGGUUGAUUUCUACAAAGAUGGAAUAUUCAUCAGGAAUGAGACCACAUUAGAGAUGACCAUCCCUGCAGUAUCCAAGUCAGAUGAAGGCUCCUAUAAGUGUAAAUUUAAUGAAGGAGAAUCACCAGAGAGCUGGGUGACAGUGAGAGGUGUAACUCCUGGACCCUCUACAUCAGUCCUAGUAGGAGUGGUUGUGGGCCUGGUUGUUGCUGGUGUUCUACUGGCCAUUCUCCUGGUACUGCUGUGUCGAUAUAAAAACGCCAAAGGUUCCUGUUGCAACAGGACUUUCUCGCCACCCCAGCCCCAGAGGACCAACCUGGACCCCCAACAGGACCAGGGAUCUACCCAGGGCCAGGCUCCUGAUGCUGGGUAUACACGUCGGCAGCAUGGUGGCGCUAACAUCUACGAUACAAUCACUCUCUCAGACAAUAAUGACAAUGGUAUUGUAUACCGUCUGUGAAGUUUAGCAUGAAUACAGUAUAGAGUUGUUGUUGCUGUUAUUCUUCAUAUGUUUGAUAUGACUAGCAUACUAACACUAAGUAGAGAUAUUAGUGUAUUACCUGUAUAUUUCAGAU